GCCCGUACUGAGCGCACGUCGCGUGUGUACCGCAGCCUACUCUCCCGUACAAUACAACCGUGCAAAGUGCAGUGAUAGUGCGUUUUGGAUGCCAUGUGAUAAAAACAAACAGUUUUUCUUGUUAACUGUGUAACGAGGAGUUUGCGUGAUUGGGAACCAAUUAGGUGCCGUGCCGUGUAGAGCUGCGAGCCAAGUGCGCGAGUGAGUUAGUGUAGUGACCGGGCAUGUGGCGGUGAAGCGAUGCGCGAACGGUGCCGCGGCGCGGCGCUCGCGCUGCUGCUGCUGACACACUUCUCUCCAGUGACAAGUGACGUCGCCGGCGGCGCGCCGAUCAACUCUCUUCCAGGCGGCGUCGCCGCGCGCCUCGCGCCGUCCUUUGACGCCGCCACGCCGAGAAACGUCACAGCACUAGUGGGCAAGUCGGCGUACCUGAGCUGCCGCGUGCGGAACCUUGGGAAUAGAACGGUAUCCUGGAUCCGUCACCGGGACCUCCACAUCCUAACCGUAGGCGGCUACACGUACACCUCCGACCAACGGUUCCAAGCUACCCACUCGCCUCAGACUGACGACUGGACGCUACACAUCAAAUGGGCUCAGCAACGCGACGCUGGCGUUUACGAAUGUCAGGUGUCGACGCAGCCUGUGCGGUCCUUCUUCGUGACGCUGCACGUUGUUGUGCCAUCAGCACGCAUCCUAGGCGGGCCGGAUCUGCACGUGGACAUGGGAUCCACCAUCAACCUGACCUGCCUCAUUCAGUUCAGUCCUGAGCCACCAGCCUAUAUCUUCUGGUACCACGAGGACGAGCAGGUGAUAUCGUACGACUCGUCCCGCGGCGGCGUCUCCGUGGUGACUGAGAAGGGGGCGGCCACCACCAGCUAUCUCCUGGUGCAGGAUGCAGCUCCGGCUGACUCUGGCCGGUACUCCUGCUCCCCUUCUAAUGCUGAGGUCGCUUCAGUGCGAGUUCAUGUGCUCAAUGGCGAACGGCCAGCAGCAAUGCAGACAGGCUCCGCCGGUCUCUCCAACAGCUCGCAUUGCAUCGCGGCGCUGCUGGCGCUGGCGGCGCUGCACGCGCGCUGGCUCCGCGCGUGUCUCGACAGCUGAUCACCGCGCGGCUGAGCUCGGCCGGUGUAAUAUAAAACGUCGUUGUAUUAAGCAUAGGCUAGCGUCUGCUGAAUUUUAGGUUAAGAUGGGAUAUGUGGUUUAAAACCUCAUUUUGUUUUUGAAAGAGUGAGCCACAUUUGGAAGUUUGUCGGGAAAGCAUUAAGCUGGCGGCGCUACAUGAAGCGCCACUUAGCCUAGCUGUUAUAUUUUAAAUCCUCAUUGUAAAAAGCAUAAGACAGCGUCUGCUGGACUUUAGGUUAGUGUCCCUGGAAGUUUAGAUUCAGUUCUCGGUUUCUGUGUAAGUUUAACAACUUGAAAUUGUAAAGGCAAAUAAGUUUGUCAAGAAAGCAUUUUGAAGAGAAAAUUUACUUUUGAGGACUAUUUUAGGCUAUAAUGAUGUUCAUUUGUUUUGUUUUCAAAAAGGUCAUAGCCAACAAAUGAUGAGUUGAAGGUUUUAAAUU